CUGAAUCCAAGGUUUUACAGUUAUUGUUCUUGAAUAUUAGCUAGUGGCUAAUAUUAGCUUUCUUGUCAAAGAGGAUGCAAGUGAAAGACUCCGCGUUAAGUUAGUAAUAGUUGAGAGACGCACAUUACCGAUCUUAAAACAAUGGACGAAGAGCCGGAGAGAGCUAAGCGGUGGGAGGGAGGCUAUGAACGGACAUGGGAAAUUCUGAAGGAGGAUGAGUCCGGCUCACUCAAAGCCACCGUUGAGGACAUCCUUUUCCAGGCCAAACGGAAAAGGGUGUUUGAGAGCCAUGGACAAGUACGCCUGGGGAUGAUGCGGCACCUGUUUGUGGUGAUUGAUGCAUCGCGGACGAUGGAGGACCAGGACCUGAAGCCCAACAGACUCACGUCAGCUCUCAAGCUGAUGGAGUUUUUCGUGGAUGAGUAUUUUGAUCAGAACCCUAUAAGUCAGAUAGGAAUAAUUACCACUAAAAACAAGAGAGCAGAAAGGCUGACUGAUCUGGCAGGGAAUCCUAAGAAGCACAUAGCGGCGUUAAGGAAAGCGGUGGACAUGACGUGUGUUGGAGAACCGUCGCUUUAUAACGCUCUGAACAUGGCCAUGCAGACGCUCAAGCACAUGCCAGGACACACGAGCAGAGAGAUCUUGGUCAUUUUCAGCAGUCUCACGACUUGUGACCCAGCAAACAUAUACGACCUCAUCAAGACGCUGAAAGCACUUCAGAUCCGUGUAUCCGUUAUUGGUCUGUCUGCUGAAGUUCAAGUGUGUACUGUACUGACAAGAGAAACUGGCGGAAACUAUAACGUGAUCCUGGAUGAGAGUCAUUUCCGUGAGCUGUUGAUGUUCCAUGUGAAGCCCCCUCCUGCCAGCUCCUCCUCUGAAUGUUCCCUCAUCCGCAUGGGCUUCCCUCAGCACAUGGUUGGCUCUCUGUCUGAUCAGGAUGCCAAACCCUCCUUCAGCAUGUCGCACCUGGACAGUAGCAGCGCUGAUGGUUGUGCUCUCACACUGGGCGGAUAUUUCUGUCCGCAGUGCCGAGCCAAGUACACAGAGCUGCCUGUGGAGUGCAAAGUGUGUGGUCUGACACUCGUUUCUGCUCCUCAUCUGGCCCGUUCCUUCCAUCACCUCUUUCCUCUGGAUGCCUUUCAGGAGAGCUCUCUGGAGGAGUAUGACGGAGAGAGGUUCUGUCAGGGUUGCCAAGGAGAGCUCAAAGACAAAAGUGUGUUCACGUGCCCUGCAUGUAAGAGUGUGUUCUGUGUCGAAUGUGACGUGUUUAUUCAUGACACACUGCACUGCUGUCCUGAGUGUAUCCACAAACAAGAUUCUUCCGGACAGGGCUGAUCCCCUCAUACAUACCUGAAAACUAUCAGAGUGACUCAGCACGGUGAAGUAUAUCUGGAAGGGGAACUCAUCUAUUAUGACAUGGCGACACUGAAGUCACAGGGAAGCCUUUGGUGAAAAACAGUGAGGAUUUAGCAUACAGAAACCACA